AUGGCAGAAGGCGCGGCCGGCAGGGAGGGUCCAGCGCCGACCGAUGCGGCUGGGGGCGAAGACGACCCCCGAGUGGGCCCUGACGCCGCCGGGGACUGCGCGGCGGCCGCCGCUGGGGGCAGGAUGAGAGACCGUCGCAGCGGGGUCGCACUGCCGAGCGCCGUGGGGGCCCCAGCGGACAGCGAGGCUGGCCUCCUAGAGGCUGCACGGGCGACCCCCCGGCGCAGCAGCAUCAUCAAGGAUCCUUCAAACCAAAAAUGUGGUGGAAGAAAGAAAACCGUGUCUUUCAGCAGCAUGCCAUCGGAAAAGAAAAUUAGCAGUGCAAAUGACUGCAUCAGCUUCAUGCAAGCUGGCUGUGAACUGAAGAAAGUCCGGCCAAAUUCUCGCAUUUACAACCGUUUUUUCACUCUGGACACAGACCUCCAAGCUCUUCGCUGGGAACCUUCCAAGAAGGACCUUGAGAAAGCUAAACUUGAUAUUUCUGCCAUAAAAGAGAUCAGACUGGGGAAAAACACAGAAACGUUUAGAAACAAUGGCCUUGCUGACCAGAUCUGUGAGGACUGUGCCUUUUCUAUACUCCAUGGGGAAAACUACGAGUCUCUGGACCUAGUUGCCAAUUCAGCAGACGUAGCAAAUAUCUGGGUGUCUGGGUUACGGUACCUGGUUUCUCGAAGUAAGCAACCCCUUGAUUUUAUGGAGGGCAACCAGAACACACCAAGGUUCAUGUGGUUGAAAACCGUGUUUGAAGCAGCAGAUAUUGAUGGGAAUGGGAUUAUGUUGGAAGAUACCUCUGUAGAGUUAAUAAAACAACUCAACCCUACACUGAAGGAAUCCAAGAUCAGGUUAAAGUUUAAAGAAAUCCAGAAGAGCAAAGAAAAGCUAACCACCCGAGUGACAGAAGAGGAAUUUUGUGAAGCUUUUUGUGAACUUUGCACCAGGCCAGAAGUGUAUUUCUUACUUGUACAGAUAUCUAAAAACAAAGAAUAUUUGGAUGCCAAUGAUCUCAUGCUCUUUUUAGAAGCUGAGCAAGGAGUCACCCAUAUCACUGAGGAUAUGUGCUUAAACAUAAUUAGGAGGUAUGAACUUUCUGAAGAGGGACGUCAAAAAGGGUUUCUUGCAAUUGAUGGCUUUACCCAGUAUUUAUUGUCACCAGAAUGUGACAUUUUUGAUCCUGAGCAAAAGAAGGUUGCUCAAGAUAUGACCCAGCCAUUAUCUCACUACUACAUCAAUGCCUCUCAUAACACGUAUCUGGUAGAAGACCAGUUCAGGGGACCAGCUGACAUCAAUGGGUAUGUUAGAGCCUUGAAAAUGGGCUGUCGAAGCAUUGAACUUGAUGUAAGUGACGGUUCAGAUAAUGAACCCAUCCUUUGUAAUAGAAAUAACGUGACAACACAUGUUUCCUUUCGAAGUGUCAUAGAAGUGAUAAAUAAAUUUGCCUUUGUGGCUUCUGAAUACCCACUCAUUCUUUGCUUGGGGAAUCAUUGCUCCCUCCCACAGCAGAAGGUAAUGGUUCAGCAGAUGAAAAAGGUCUUUGGCAAUAAACUCUAUACUGAAGCACCUUUGCCAUCAGAAUCCUACCUCCCAUCACCGGAAAAAUUGAAAAGAAUGAUCAUUGUGAAAGGAAAGAAAUUGCCCUCUGAUGCAGAUGUGUUAGAAGGAGAAGUAACAGAUGAAGAUGAAGAAGCUGAAAUGUCUCGAAGGAUGUCAGUAGAUUACAACGGUGAGCAGAAACAAAUCUGGCUCUGUAGGGAGCUCUCUGAUCUGGUAUCUAUUUGUAAGUCUGUUCAGUACAGGGAUUUUGAACUGUCCAUGAAAAGCCAAAACUAUUGGGAAAUUUGUUCCUUUAGUGAAACAGAGGCCAGCCGAAUUGCAAAUGAAUACCCAGAGGAUUUUGUGAAUUAUAAUAAGAAGUUCUUAUCAAGAAUCUAUCCAAGUGCCGUGAGGAUCGAUUCCAGUAACUUGAAUCCACAGGACUUUUGGAAUUGUGGCUGUCAGAUUGUGGCAAUGAAUUUUCAGACUCCGGGUCCAAUGAUGGACCUUCACACAGGCUGGUUUCUUCAAAAUGGAGGAUGUGGUUAUGUUCUAAGGCCGUCUAUCAUGCGAGAUGAGGUUUCUUACUUCAGUGCAAAUACAAAGGGCAUCGUACCUGGGGUAUCUCCUCUAGUUCUUCAUAUCAAGAUCAUCAGUGGUCAGAAUUUCCCAAAGCCCAAGGGAGCUUGUGCCAAAGGGGAUGUCAUAGAUCCCUAUGUUUGUAUAGAGAUACAUGGAAUUCCAGCGGACUGUUCGGAACAAAGAACUAAAACUGUACAACAAAACAGUGAUAAUCCCAUUUUUGAUGAAACUUUUGAGUUUCAAGUAAACCUACCUGAGCUGGCCAUGAUCCGUUUUGUUGUUCUGGAUGAUGACUACAUCGGGGAUGAGUUUAUAGGGCAAUACACAAUACCCUUUGAAUGUUUGCAGCCUGGAUAUCGGCAUGUUCCCCUGCGCUCUUUUGUGGGUGAUAUCAUGGAGCACGUAACCCUUUUUGUCCACAUAGCAAUAACUAAUCGAAGUGGAGGAGGGAAGGCACAGAAACGCAGCCUUUCAGUGAGGAUGGGGAAGAAAGUUCGGGAAUAUAACAUGCUCAGGAAUAUUGGUCUUAAAACCAUAGAUGACAUCUUUAAAAUAGCGGUUCAUCCCUUACGAGAAGCCAUAGACAUGAGAGAAAAUAUGCAGAAUGCGAUAGUCUCUAUUAAGGAACUGUGUGGACUCCCUCCAAUUGCCAGUCUGAAGCAGUGCCUGUUGACCCUGUCCUCUCGGCUCAUCACCAGUGACAAUACUCCCUCAGUCUCUCUCGUGAUGAAAGAUAGCUUUCCUUACCUGGAGCCUCUGGGUGCAAUUCCAGAUGUGCAGAAAAAGAUGCUGGCUGCUUACGAUCUGAUGAUUCAAGAGAGCCGGUUUCUCAUAGAAAUGGCAGACGCAGUCCAGGAAAAAAUUGUACAGUGUCAGAAAGCAGGGAUGGAGUUCCAUGAAGAGCUUCAUAAUCUGGGGGCGAAAGAAGGCUUGAAAGGAAGAAAACUCAACAAGGCGACUGAGAGCUUUGCUUGGAACAUUACAGUAUUGAAGGGCCAAGGAGAUCUGUUGAAGAAUGCCAAGCAUGAAGCUAUAGAAAACAUGAAGCAGAUCCAGCUGGCGUGCUUGUCUUGUGGACUGAGCAAAGCCCCCAGCAGCGGUGCCGAGGCCAAGAGCAAGCGCAGCCUGGAAGCCAUAGAGGAGAAGGAGAGUGGCGAGGAGAACGGGAAGCUGUGACCCCGCGCAGCAUGGCCCCAUACUCACAUCCUUCUUGGCAAGGACUCUGGUUUCUUGUUCUUGUUUUCUUUAAGUUUUUUAGAAGUUCACAAAAAGAUGCCCUGUAUGGGGUGUUGGACUUAAACAUAUAUUUUCACAAUGUCAAUAUUUUAGUGUAGUUAAUUUAUCUAAGUUAAAGCCUUUAGUAGCAGUGUUUUAAAUUCUGAGACGUGUCAACACCUAUGUGUGAAUGUGUGUAGAAGAGUGUGUGUGUGUGUGUGUGUGUGUGCGCGCGCGCGCGCGAGAGCAAGCAAGAGAGAGAAAUUCUGUUAAAACCUAUUCUGUGUUGCAUUAUUCAUUUAGUAAGUUAUUCCUUUAUCUUUACCAUUUUGGGACAAAUGUGUUAAUCUGAAAUUCUAAAAGCACUUACCGUAACCUGUUGCUGUGUUCGAUUUUACCUCUCUGCCUCUGUCAUUUAAUUUAGAGAUCUUAGAAUAGCUUAUUAUUGAAGGAAGCCAAAUUUAUCAAAGCAUAGAUGUUUUGAUAGAUUGAAUAUAGAUUAGAAAAAUUCCUAAGAAUCACAGUAGAAAUAAAAAUGAAUAAAACAUUAAAGAGAUGAUUAGAAUUUCUGGAAAGAUCAGAAAAGUCAUUUCUUCAGUUAGCAAACUCUUUAAAAUAUUUAUUAAAGAAAUCCAUUUUUAGGAUGUUUUCUGUAGUCAUUUACUAAACAUACGAUUUUAGUGGAAAGCUGAUCAUAAGAGAAUUUAUAUCUCCCUAUGUGGUACUCUGAAACGCACCGAAAGCUCUGUUGUAAUUCAAAUUUUGAUGUGACUAUAAGAUCGUGUGGAAUUUCAAGAUUUGUAGGAAGGUCUCAUUUUUCCAAACUAGGAGUCUAGCAUUUAUUUUCUAUGACAGACAUGGGUAGCUAAGAAGUCUUGGCUUUGAUUGGGGUACUACAUUUAAAUUUAAAGAUAUUGUUCAAACAAUAUCACAUCAUCACGUUGAGCUGAUAUUAAUUCUGUGGGUCAGAUAACAUCUUUGUGAUGAUUUAAGAACUAACUGAUUACAAAAGCUCUAUGAUAUAAUUUUAACACAUUUGGAAAAACAUACACACAAAAAGAAGCAAAUGACUAAUUAGGGUACAUUUAUAAUUGCCUCUAGAUUAUUUUUACCCUGAUGUCUUCAUAAAGUACUUGAGUAUAUUGUUUGUUACCUCCAACAGAACUGAAUGUUCUAUGGUUAUGAAAGAAUAUAUUUAUUUAAAAUUGCUUUUAUUUUGAAAAGCUUCUUAAUUAAUUUGAUUAACAAAUCUGCUAAUUUGGGGAAUCUAGAGAAGAUAAUUGUUGAAAUUUUGCAAAUAUAAACAUCUUCUAUAGCUUCUGUGUUAAGUUAUUUCUGACUUCUUAACACUAUUAUGUUCAUGUUGCACAUUACUGAAAGAGUAAAGAUAU